GCAUUAUUUGACUUGUUUGAGUGGGAUCACAUUGCAAUUUGCCUUGACUUGCCCAGGCACUAGAUCUCAAAGCUUCCGUCAGCUACUACAUUCCAACAUAAAAACGUAAACAUUAGACCGCCACACCCUAUAAAUCAACCCUUUUUUCAGCAUCAAAUUUCUCACACAUGCACCACCAUUCUCUCACCUUCCAAAAUGGGCAGUGCAAGUAGGCCUCUUCUCUCUCUCCUCUGCUUCAACCUUCUCAUCUCCUCUACUUUCUCAGAGCUCUGCAACCCACCAGACAAAAAAGUCUUGCUCCAAAUCAAACAAGCCUUCAACAACCCCUACGUCCUUACCUCUUGGAAAACAAACACCGAUUGCUGUACUGACUGGUGUUGUGUCACAUGUGACUCCACCUCUCACCGCAUCAACUCCCUCACCAUCACUGCUGACAACCAGCUCUCUGGCCAAAUCCCACCUGAAGUUGGUGACCUUCCAUACCUCGAAACCCUUGAAUUCCACAAACAACCCAACGUCACUGGUACUAUUCAACCUGCCAUUGUCAAUCUCAAACACCUCAACUUCCUCGGACUCAGCUGGCUUAAUCUGACUGGCCCAAUUCCUGAUUUCGUCAGCAAACUCAAAAACCUCACUUCCAUUGACAUCUCAUUCAACCAACUCUCUGGCUCAAUCCCACCCUCACUUUCGGAGCUUCCAAAGCUCGGUGGACUUCGCUUGGACCGUAACAAACUCUCCGGACCACUCCCCUAUUCUUUCGGAAAUUUUCCUCAGAGACUAUACCUGUUCCUAUCUCACAACCAACUAACCGGUCCAAUCCCAACCUCGUUCGCCCACAUGGACUUUGGCUAUAUUGAUUUGUCGCGAAACAAACUCGAAGGCGAUGCAUCUGUGGUUUUCGGAUCGAGCAAGACCACAGAGAUCGUGGACUUGUCGAGGAACUUGUUGGAAUUUAAUCUGUCAAAGGUUGUGCUCCCCAAGAGUUUGACUUCUUUGGAUCUUAACCACAAUAAGAUCUUUGGAGGUCUUCCUGUUGAGUUGACCAAAUUGAAUUUGCAGUACUUGAAUGUGAGCUAUAAUAGGCUUUGUGGUCAGAUUCCAGUGGGCGGCAAAUUGCAAAGCUUCGAUUAUUCGAAUUAUUUCCACAACCGGUGCUUGUGUGGCUCUCCACUUCCAAGCUGCAAGUGAUCUUAUAAUGGAUUUGCACAGAAACUGAAGUGGGUCUCUCUGUAAUUUUCAAUUUACUACUACUACUACAAUGUACUAAGUUUUUCAAAAGCUGUAGUAUCUAGUAAUAAGUUUGCUUUAUUGCAAAUUUAGUAAGAUCGAGAACAGACAGGAGAACUAUGUAAUAAAAAAACAUGUCCUUCGCCGCGUUGUGCUAAGAGAUUAGGGAGCAGAUUCGGUGUUUUACGUACAGCUAGGCACAGGUUUAUCUUGUUACAGGAAUUUAUCCAUUUUGAGAAUAUUUAAAAACACAAUUAGUUGAUGAGAGUCUUUGUAAGUUGUAACUUAAUUUCAAAAGCCGCGAUUAGUUAGACAACAUGCCGCUUUCAUGUUUACUGUUUAGUCGCGAUGAGUGGUAUUAUCAAAUAGUAAUAAGCCGGACUGUUCCCACGAUAUGCUCGUUUCUCUGCUACUCACACAACAUGAUUUUUCAACACGACAUCUCACAUUUCUUCUCCAAUCUUCCUUUCGUUCUUCAUCCUUCACCCCAGUCACGCCAACCGAUCCGACGACGUCGUCCAACCCCAAGGCGGCCACUACUCAGACCGGCAACGACCACAGGGAGACCUUGACCAUAACCCCGAACACUUCAUUCGUUGUUUGGGCUGUCACACCAAGGGCUCUGUUACAACUCAGUUAAUGGUUGCCGUUAGAACUCCUAAAACGACGCCGUUCCCCUUCCCCUGAAACAAAAAUGGCAUCGAACAAUCGAUGACAUCGUCGCCGUGUAAACCACUAUGGCUCAUCUUCAUGAUAAUCCCGAAGGGCUUGAACGGUAAUUUGGCCACAACCUUGCCUUCAAACAAGGAGUUGAGGAGCCCAAAAACGAUGAAGAGAACAAGCGCGACCACCGCACCAGACUUGAACUUGAUGGGAGAAAGGUCGCGGCUGGAUUCCUUGAGACUCGUCUCGACGCGAUCGAUCUUCUUGGUCUUGGAUUUCUUAUUGCUGAUUUUGACUUUUGCAAUGGAGGAGGAGGACGAGGAAUUUGGGGUUUCGAUUUUGAUGGUCUCGAGUUUUUUGGCGGCUCGAUUGAAGAGCG